UGAGGGGCGGUGUCCCACACACUGAUAGAGGAGAGCUGGUGCGCACACAGGCUCCACUUUUACGCAUCAGUUGUCCGUGUUGGAAUCGAUGCCGAAGUUACCACGGAUUUGGAGCUAAUAUAGAAAAUAACAUCAGUAUAUUUAUAGCAUAAUUCAGUUUUCAGCACCAUCCUAAGUGAGGCAGGUAUACACCGGCAGGAUAGUGUGGUGCAAGUGGGCCCAGAAAAAGUUUCGGUCAUGGGAGCGCAUGGAUGGAGCGCAGCGCGUCUUGGGUUUGUCGUUUGUGGAUAUUUAGCGUUUCUCUGCGGGGAAAUCGUUCCACGGGCUGAGGCGGGUUGCAGGGAGAGAGAAAGCCCAAACUGCUGCAGCGGACGGAACAACGAAUGUUUUGAGUACACUAGGAGAAAAACGGUGUGCUACUGUGAUACCUACUGUCAGAAAACCGGGGACUGCUGCGAGGACUAUCAACGUGUGUGCCAAGUAUCCGCAGCCAUUGACUGUGUGGUGGGAUCAUGGGGCCCCUGGUCAUCAUGCACAUCUCCAUGUGGAGUUGGCAGCACAGAAAGGAGUCGUCAAGUAUCUGUACCCCCUAGAAACGGAGGCACACCCUGUCCUGACCUCAAACAGCGUCGAGGAUGCUUUGGAAACAACGCCAUAUGCAACACUGCAAAAGAGGUGGCAAAGAUCCUGCCUGAUUCUUUCAAGAGGAACUUCAAGGACCCUUGGAGGCGACCACACAUGCUGAUGAAGGAGGAGAAGGCCAGUUACUGUGUGUACCUGCGGGUGAAACAGGCCAGUGCAGCAUGUAAACUCAAACUGUGGAGUGCCCAUCUGGUGCGAGAGAGGCUGGUCUGUGCAGAGUGUCAGAGUGAUGCCAUGUCGAAGUCGGACCGCUGUGGAGGAGACGGCCUGGAGAGCACCAGAACGUUCUGGGCUGCAGCUUCAGUCCCGGGCUGUCAUGGUUCUUGGGUGCGAGAGUCGUCUUCUGAGGGGUGCCGGUGUCCUCCAUACUCCGUGCUCUUUGUGUGAGUCGACACGCAAACUCCAGAGCUCCGUAUGCAAGGACAAGAGUUCCUUCAACACCUCCUGCUAACUGUGGAGAGCCUUGCCAGCCAAACCAGACCCCUCCGAUCCAGAUUACUGGAAGGGUAACUCAAGGAGAUCAUCAUCAUCCUGCCACUUUUUCCUUUCACCUCAUGUUCUGUACUGUAUACACGAUUGCUAAGCACACAGAAAUUCUUGCAUUUAAUUUCAGAUUUUACAGCCACGUUAUGUACUCAUUCUCCUCCAAAGCACAGCAACAUCUAUAUGUCUUUUUACCUCUGAAUCUUUGCUAUCUACCUCCAUCAAUGCAAGUGCAUUUGUUAAUGCAUAAUGUAUAAAUAUAUAAAUAUAUUAUUUUGCUUUAUACAUUUUCUACUUUUGAUUGUUUAUGUGUUAUGUAUAUGUGUCUACAUAGCUACACUUAUCUGUAUCCAGCAGUUUAAACACCAAACAGAAGUUGCUGCACCCGGUUUAUGCACCAAUCCAAAGGGACCUACGUCACCUGCUGGUUGGAGAUGCUAAAAACUGGUCCAUCCAAACUGUAUCCAAUGCUAGAAUCCUUCAGUCUAUAUAUCUGUGUUUUACAGUUUUGUCCCUUUUAUUAAUUCUUUUCAACAAAAACAUUUAUACCAGCAAGUUGAAUAUCAGGUAUCGAUUCUCAGGUGCUGAGAUUUGUGUCUUUGUCUCCCAUCAAGCUUCCGUUUUCAUGUCUGCCUCUCCUGAUGGACAGUGACUGAUGCUUUCACUGUUUCAGCAACUCAUAGCUGAAAUCAGUCCAUGUUUUUAGACCUAAUAUUGUUGGAGAGGAAAAAGAGCCAUUUAAGAGAAUUCCACUGUGGUUCUCUUGGUCCUCUGUGUCCUGGACUGAAAGUUUUGUUUCAUAACUAUGUUUUCUCUCAUUCCCUGCUUUGCUUAGAAAUCCUAUUACCUGAACAAGGGAGUUUUAUCUGCAAAGUGUUGCCCAAUAUAACUACAGUAAUCCCCACAGCUCCUGCACAUGCAGUUUUUUAUUCCCUCUCUGCCAUGUUGCCUCUACGGACUUGUUGUCAUCUUUAAGAGAAACUGUAGAUUAACCACAACGUUGACUUCUUGAAUUUAAAAACAGGAGUCAGACUACUCGUGUCUGCUUGAUUUGAGAGGAGGACAACUGUAGUCUCAGUAAAGGGCUUUUCUCUCCGGAAAGCUGUGACUUUUUCUUCCUCUCACAUGUCUGUGUUUGUGUGUUUAUUUAUUAUAAAAACAAGUGAGGAAUUUAUUAGUGCAGCACAGCAUACUCUGUACACUGUCCAUUAGUCAAAAUAAACAACUAUAUUAUCAUUUCUCCCCCUCUUGUCAUAUUUUCUAACAUGGGUGUUCAGAUUAAGCAACACUUGGCAGAGUUAGACCACCAUUAACAUUUCUGACUUCUCUCCUCUACAAUUACUACUAUGAGCUCAGUUAAGUAUAUCCCUUAGCCUGACCGGUGUUUACAUGCAUAAGUUGAACAUACAUAACUCAUCAUCAAAAUAUUUUUGCUGCAUUCCUGCCAUUCUUUCCCUUAAACGGGAUGACGACAAGCAAAUUAACCACUACUGUGUAUAAUCAUGUUUUUGCACCACAGUCUCCUACAGUUUGGGCUUUGUUUUGUGUGAUGUAACUGCCUGAGAUGAUGUGUGGACAGGCUAAUCAUGAGACCUGAAACAACUUACAUCAUUUGAAAAGACAGCUGUCACUCACAUUUUUUUGUUUCCACUGCAGCUGUGGACAGAUGAGAUAGCAGACUUGGAAGCCAGUUUGCUUCCUCUCUCAUGUGAUACAUGGACAACUGAAGUGAACAUGGAGGAGGGGAUGUCUGAAUCUCUGACCCUGAAAGUUGUUUAUAAAGCCAUAGCUCCUUGCCCUUGCUGACAGUUUUAAACCACAGUGUCAGGACCUUCUAAUGUUUUCCAUAUCUUGAUUUGUGCGAAACUCACUGAUGUAUCCACAGUAUUGCUUAUUAGUCAGGCUAUUCACUGUUCAUUAUAGCCCUUCAUUACAAGCAGAGGUGUAAGCAAGAAGGUAGAGGGACUCAGCAAAGCAAAGGUGAGGUGAAGCGCGGGAUUUCAGAAUGUAAACGUUAGAUAUGUUGAGGUGAGAAAAAUAUUCAAGGGUGCUCACUUCCCUUUAUAAAUGAGCAGUAUUUUUGUCUGUAAAAUUGAAAAUGAACAUUGAAGGACUUGACUUUUGUGACACGACAACAAAAGGUCUAACAAGUCAGUAUGUCCCACAUUAGUCCCCUGAGAGAAAUCCAUACUCCUGGCUACUUCGAUGUGUUUCAGCUCAGAGGCCCUUGACCUUAACCUCCUCCAUUAAUCUCUGCAGCCACCCUCUCCCCUUUCACUGCACUCCUCCCUCCCUACCUCUCGCCAGUUCCCUACCAAACUGCCCUCUGUCAGCACAACUCUUUAUUUUCUCUUACUACAACAGUGGCAAUAGAGUGCUGUCAGCCUGACAGUCCAUCCCCUCUGAAACAGGCUUUACCCCCCUGGCUGCCCUGCCCCUGCUGCUAACCCGCUUUCCAAAGGGCAGGAAGGCCCAUCUCUGGCCCAGUGCCUGAUGGACUCCGACAGCAGUGUGUUCUGGGAUUACGCCUGCUGAAAAGGGGGGCAUUCCAGCACCAGCAGCCUUUGUCACAGCACGGCCACUGUUUGCUUUUGACAAGACAGCUGUUCAAAGCACUCUCGGCCCCCACGGAUGGCAUGAAGGGAAAGAACCCAGGGGUGACUUCCGUUUAAUGGUGGUGUCGAUGCCACCUGCAGUUGCUUUUGCACCAUAUUUGUGUCCAAUGUAGCACCAGGCUGUGCAUCUCAAAGAAUCACAUUAUUUUUACAGGAUAACAUUUGAGUCAAAAGCAAGUAAAACAUUUAUAUCCUGCAUUUAACAAAAUAUUCCCUCCAACUAGGUGUAUCUCUUUUCCUUGAACCAAAAAAUGGUAACUGCUCAAGCAAGUUAAAAUUGAUUUAUCAAAUUGUCUACUGGAAUAUCCUUGACUUCUCCCUUCCUUUCCUACUGUGUAGAUGAUGCUGCAGUUACCUGGCACUCCAUGUUUCAACUCAUUUAUCUUGUUUACUUAUUGUUUGUGUGUGUACACCACUCAACAGGAGUGCAAAGGAGGAGUCACAUUUCCUGUGUUCUGGCGUGGGGUUGGAAUUAGGAAUUAUCUGCCCUUUACAUCCUUUCGGCACCGUUACCAUCUGUGGCCCCCCAUCCACAACUCAAACACAUCCCAGUGCAUUCAUGUACUGAUGGUUAAUGUACUCAUCCCUACUUCAAACGUGUUUAUUGGACAUUCUAAGAAAUAUUUUUUAUUAUUAUUUUGCAGCAAACAUCACAGCACUUGAGAGUUUGGUUCUGCAGUGGCUGGCCAAGCAGCAAUAGAUAGAAUAAAAUUUGUACUAACACUUCAGAAUUUGCAAUAAAAAGUUUCUAGUUCAGACAUGCAGGGGGCCUCCCUCAGCUUGGGCCCCUGUGUUGUUGGUAGACCCCCUUUUCCCCUUUGUGUCGCCCCAGUGUUGUUUAUAUGUGUGUUUUUGGGAAGUGUGUACUGUAAUUAGCAAGUCAUCCUAAUGAGGGUUUCUGUAGGAGCAGCUGGUCCAACACAGAGGAAUGAUAAUGAAUAGACUCCUCAACACGAGGACCUGAACUGAACACAGCAUCACAGCUGGAACACGAUAGAUCCAGUGUAGUAAGCACACGCAUUUAUAUUAUGAUGAUAUUUUAAAAAACAAAAUAAAAACAAAAAAAACCCCACAAUCACUAAUGUCUUGUUUUUAAGGACAGUGCACAGUGCUUUAGUGUAUUGUAAAUGCAGUAAAAAAAAAGAA